CUAACCGUCUACGACUGCAGCUGCGGCAGACAGCGAGAUAAUAAAUGGCCGCACGAGCCAGAGGUAGUAGGCGAUGAGUCGGCCGAGGGAGGGCGGGAGGAAGCGGUGGAUCAGUCUGUAUUCUUUGCGGUUCCGGAGGCCCUUGUGGUAGAAUGUGUAGAGAGACACGAGGCCUUUUCGCACCAAGAUGUUGCGGGGCCCGCCGUAAGGGGUGUUGUCGACUCGGAGCGAGAUGAUUUCCGGCGCCCUGGCUGGUUGGCUGCAGGUAACGUGGAUAGCUGCCAAGAUGGCACGCAAGAAAGCGUUAAUAGCUUGCUAGUACCGGCGGAUAGCGGUGUUGUUAGGACAACCGUCAACAAUGAAGUUUCUGAACUGCGAGUGCUGGGCAGCCUCGCUUUCCUCAAGGAAGUGGGCGCCCGGCCUGGCCCAGUGCGUGUUCAGUUCGUUCUGGAG